CGGGAGAAAAGUGCGGAAAAUGCGUCGAAAAACAGAUGUACGACGCGUGUGUUUCUACCAUGCGGCAACAGGAAGGUUCCCAGGUUUGAGUUUGUUUAUUCCGGUGACACUGGAACGGGUUUAAUAGAGGGAUGCCCGGAAUGUUCGGAAUGCUUCGCAACAGAUGCUCUCUUCGAUCCCCGCCAGAAUGCCAGCAUCCGCUCACGGGAGGAAGCCGCCGGUGUGACUGGGUCGACGCCGGGAAGGGAGCGGAGACGGCGAUCUACGGAGUUCCAUUGGACCUGCAGCUGGACUCGGGCUCAGGCAUCACCAUCAUCUCCAGACAGAACUGGGUCAAUGUCGGGUCACCUCCAACGUCUCCACCGGACUGCAAUGUGCAGACAGCUUCCGGGGACAAACUGGGCAUCGAGGCGAUGUUCAGAGCAACCUACACCAUCGGCGGAACGCACAAGGAGAGCAAUUGCUAUGUUUGUAGCGCUGACCUUUCCCUCAACGUUCUAGGCUCCGACUUGAUGGACGAGUUCGGGCUCUGGGACGUACCCUUUUCGUCGUUCUGCAAGCUGGUCGGAACUCAAACACCGAAUCAGCAAGUGGUCGAGCUGAAGGCCAAGUUCCUCGAAGUGUUCAACGAUAGCCUGGGCCUGUGCCCCAAAACGUGCGCCUCGUUCUCAAGCCAGAUGUCCUAGGACCUGGGACUCUACCGCUACAACCGGGUCUCUCCCGGUGUCAAGAGCGCCCCCCGGCGCGUUUCAGCAGAUCAUGGGUACCAUGCUGGGUGGAGUUCCGUGAUACAGCUCCGUUUCUCGACGACAUCCUGG